AUGCCGUUUGGAUGUGCUUUGAGUGUGCUCCCCCAGGUUGGCAUCAAGCCCUCUGCGCUCCUCACGGGAUGGCUAUGGUCAGGAGCGCUCCUGAAAGGAUGCUCUGGGCUGGAGCGCUCCUCAAGGGAUGGCUCUAGGCUGGAGCGCUCCCCAAGGGAUGGCUCUGGCCUGGAGCGCUCCCCAAGGGAUGGCUCUGGCCUGGAGCGCUCCCCAAGGGAUGGCUCUGGCCUGGAGCGCUCCCCGAGGGAUGGCUCUGCCCUGGAGCGCACCCGAAGGGAUGGCUCUGGCCUGGAGCGCUCCCCAAGGGAUGGCUCUGGCCUGGAGCGCUCCCCAAGGGAUGGCUCUGGCCUGGAGCGCUCCCCAAGGGAUGGCUCUGGCCUGGAGCGCUCCCCAAGGGAUGGCUCUGGCCUGGAGCGCUCCCCAAGGGAUGGCUCUGGCCUGGAGCGCUCCCCAAGGGAUGGCUCUGGCCUGGAGCGCUCCCCAAGGGAUGGCUCUGGCCUGGAGCGCUCCCCAAGGGAUGGCUCUGGCCUGGAGUGCUCCCCAAGGGAUGGCUCUGGCAUGGUGUGA